UAUGCACUGACCACGUCGUUUGGUAACGGACCCCUUCCUGCUGCUUCGUAUUAGACUUGUACCUCACCUGGUAUUAUUAGAAAAAAAAAAAAAAGAAACAAAAAGAACAAGAGGCUCGCCUGACAUCUACAGUACUUGCUUACUACUAGUCAAGUUCUGCUGAAUUGAGUUCUCGUACAUCAUCCACUCCUCAAUCUUGACUUCUUAACAACUGUAGGAUACAAUGGACUGCCUUAAAGCGGAUGAGGCAGCUGCCUUGGUCACAUUCAGCCAGUUAUGCACCGAACAAGGUCUGUUAAAACGGCCGAGCGAAUUGAGUGAAAACGAUGUUGUCGAUGGAAUCAACGACGAGACGGCUCUGCUACGUUUCCUCCAAGCACGGCAAAUGAAACCGCAGGAUGCUCUCAAGCAGUUCCAACAAGCGGCUACCUUCCACGCGGAGAAAAACGUGCACGCGUUCUACAGCGUCAUUUCAGUGGACGAUUAUGAAGAUACCAGGCGAUUGUACCCCCACUGGACCGGCCGUCGUGACAAACAAGGCCAACCUAUCAUGAUGCUCAACCUAGUUCAUCUGCAAAACGAAGCUAUAACGCGAUGGACCGAAACCCGCAAUAUGCCAUGUGCAGAUGCAUCAGUGACUUCAUCUCCAGAUAUGGCACAGCGGGUGUCUGUUUUUCACGAUGGUCUGACGCGCUUUAUUCUGCCCCUGUGUACGGCGAUGAAUGAUCGGCCGGACAGCUCCAUUCCAGUGACGAAGUCGACUUAUCUGGUGGAUGCGUCUACCUUGUCGUUGAAGCAGGUGUGGGGUAUGAAGUACUUUAUCCAGGAAGUUAGCUGGAUAUUAUUUACUUGCUAUCCUGAGACCAUUCAGCAUAUUAUUGUCUGCAACGCCCCGUCCUCGUUUUGGAUGAUGUGGAACAUUAUAAAGAAAUUCGUGGAUCCUCGAACGGCAGACAAGCUGGUCAUUGUGAAAUCUGCUGAUGUGUACUCCACGUUGGAAACAUACAUUGAUCACGCCAACAUUCCCAAACAGUUUGGAGGCGAACUUGCUUACCAACAUGGCAUGCUUCCUGAUCUCGAUGAGGGCAUUCGUCAGACACUAUUUUGGGUUGAUCCAAAAAAAUGUCUUCCUCCUGGACCACUAAAGUGGGUCCAAGAUGGAAAGAAUAGAAAGGUAAUAGCGACUGGAAGUGUUGGAAGCAUUGAAAGAUCUGAAGAGAUUGCUGUUCUUAGAAGUCAAGAGUAAAUCUGUGCGUUUAUGCGUUAAAGAGACACCCCCAUGAUAAGUCUUCGUUACACCUUUCUCG